AUGUCGUAAACCUGAGUUAAAAAAUAGUUAGAAUGACCUUAGCUGCUACCAUGGCAUAUAUCCUGAUGUCACUUUUCAUACUGAGGUUCAUCGUCAAUAUUAAGACAAUUCCAGUCCAAAUACAAGAGUUCAACACUUCUAGCGCACCUUCAGAAGAAAGUAGCACUGAUGUUUACUCUUUGACAACAACGGAUUCCACCGGAGCCGGAAAAAAUUCUCAUAUCAAUAUGUCAAACUACGAAGAAGUAACGCACAAUCCACCAGUCGUCGAUGGUUUGACACUUAUUCCUUCAUGGUUCACGCUUCCGGUUGAAACACACAUAUCCAACAAUGCUUCUGGCCCACCGUCAGAUGAGAAUAAACAGAGCAUUGAUGUACACCCUUUGACGAUGAUGUUGACCACAACCGAUUCCAUCGAAAUCAAAAAUGAUUCUUACAAUAUGUCCAACCGCGAAAAUAGCAAGUCAAACCUUGAUCUCGACUCAAUAACGCACAAUCCACCAGUCGUCGAUGGUUUGACACUUAUUCCUUCAUGGUUCACGCUUCCGGUUGAAACACACAUAUCCAACAAUGCUUCUGGCCCACCGUCAGAUGAGAAUAAAAAGAGCAUUGAUGUACACCCUUUGACGACGAUGUUGACCACAACCGAUUCCAUCGAAAUCAAAAAUGAUUCUUACAAUAUGUCCAACCGCGAAAAUAGCAAGUCAAACCUUGAUCUCGACUCAAUGACCAACAAUCCACCAGUCGUCGAUGGUUUGACACUUAUUCCUUCAUGGUUCACGCUUCCGGUUGAAACACACAUAUUAUCCAACAAUACUUCUGGUCCACCGUCAGAUGAGAAUAAAAAGAGCAUUGAUGUACACCCUUUGACGAUGAUGUUGACCACAACCGAUUCCAUCGAAAUCAAAAAUGAUUCUUACAAUAUGUCCAACCGCGAAAAUAGCAAGUCAAACCUUGAUCUCGACUCAAGUGUGUAG